AUGAAUAUUCACAUUUGGAACUUUGCGUGCUUCUUGUGUUUACUAUUCAGUUGCAAUUUCAAUUUUAUUUCUCCAAACAGAAACUCGAAAUUCGCGACUGCAGAUUUCCUUCAUAUUGUUCCUCAACAAUCAGUUCUUAGUGAUAUUAAAUCUCAUGCUUUGUAUCUGACAAUCCACUUAAAUUCCAAAGCAUCGCGAGAAUGUUUGAGAUCCAUUAAAAGAAUCGAGAAGUAUGUUAGUCAGAUUUGUUCACGUCACAUGUGUGGGAGAUACAACGAGAUUCUAUACGGUGUCGGUUUCGGAAUCGACUAUUUCAGAAAAAUCAGUCCUGGUUUUCGACUCAGGGGUAUCAAAAACUACGAAUAUCGAGAAAGAUCUGGAAAGUUUGGUAAACUUCCCAAAACAGGUGGUGAUAUAUUUGUCCAUGCAAAGUGUAAUGAUCAUGGCAUGUUGUUUGAUUUGGCAAAAUCCAUCAUUCAGAAUAUGCCGCCUGGAUGUGUGGAUAAAUUUGAAGAUAUUUACGGUUGGAUGUAUCACGAUGAGCGUGAUUUGAGUGGAUUCGUUGAUGGUACAGCGAACCCCAAGUGUUUGGACGAACGAGCUGAGGUAGCGAUCAACAAACCAACUGGUGGAAGUUACGCUCUUGUUCAGAAAUGGAUUCACAAUAUGAGUUUGCUUCAUGAGACAGCUGAUAAGACAAAAGAAUAUUGGAUUGGUCGAACUAUAAAAGAUAGCUAUGAGUUGAUAAGAAAACCGGAUACAUCACAUGUUGCCAGAAUGGUUGGAUCUGAGAAAUUUGAAGCUAAAAAGAAAUAUGAAAUUGUUCGACAAUCUCAACCAUAUGGAACUCUGUCUGGAGAUGCUGGUCUAUUAUUCAUAGCAUACGCUGCAGACACAAAGAAUUUCGAUUUCAUGCUAGAUCGAAUGACUGGUGAUAGUGAUGACAAGAAAAAUGAUUAUAUAAUGAUAUUCAGUCGAUGUGUUACAGGAAAUUAUUGGUAUUUUCCUGGUUUGCUUGAGUUUAAUCUUUUAGUCCGUUAUUGA